AUGCUCACAUAUCUUAUCGCGGAGAAGUCAUCACUGGCAGGGGCAACAUUCAAAGACAUGAUAUACAAUCAAGCUGCGAUAGAGAUCGCAAGCAAGCGGACACAUGGGCCUCCCAAAACUGGGGAGCAGUGCAAGAGUAAAUGGGGGACGUUAAAGACUACUUUCCAAGCCAUCCAGACGUAUCGCUCUAAGUCAGGCUGUCAUUGGGAUGAUGAGUGUGGGGCCAACAUCGAUGGGCCCACCGCUGAAGCUGUGUGGAAGGAACAUGUUAGUAAGAAGUCCAACUCGCCCAUGAAACCAUUCAAAAAUAAUGGUUGGCCUUUCUAUUCAACGAUGGACCAAAUCCUCCCCGAGAAGAGCGCUGCACAAGGAACGGCUGCAUACAACCCUGCCCAAUCAGCUGCACCGGCUGUGGAGCAACCGGUUGCAAGCACAAGCAGCGCACCUCAUGAUGCUGACAUGAGCAUGAUGGAUGUUGAAAGCAUGGGGCCGCCUCCUUUUAUUCCAAACCUCUUUCCCAUCGACACCAGUGUGGCCCAGUGGCCUCCUUUCAUUCCUGAUCUCACUCCCAUGAAGCCCAGCAUGGCCCAGCCGAACCUCGGCUGGGGUGCUCCCCCCCCUGGUCCUAUAUUUGCAGGCUCCAGCACUGGCAAGCGUUCACACUCCGAGAUGACCCAAGGUCAUUCGGCUCCUCCCUCCACCACCUACACUUCAGUGUCGCAGGUGACAAAGCCGGAAUCGGAGAAGAAACCAAGGCUGUCAACAGCCAGUGGUAAGACGCGCCCAAGCACAAGCAAGAAGAACAUUCAAGACACUGCCAACACAGCUGUGUUGAUGAAUCUUCAAGGCACUAUCAACCACCUGUCAGAUUCAUUGAACACGAACUUCGGCACUGACGAGGCUCGUUCAGCUACAGGGAUCUCGAAGGACGAUAAGGUGAUUCUCAUGCAUGUGUUCAUGACGAACGCAGCAGCAUGUGAUACGUUCUUAGAUGUUGAUGACCCUGAGCUGCGUGAAGCAUUUUUAGAAUCUAUGAUCGCCCGUGCCAAACAAGAGAACCCUACCAUGUAG